AUGGCAGACACGACGGACGCUCCCCCGGGUGAAAAGGAGGCGAAUAAGGCCCCAAGCCCUAAGCCAGACCAGGAUGUAUCCCCACCUCUGGUUUCUGUUAAGGGAGAUGAAAAGAAGAAACCGGCCCCGAAAACCCCGGCUGCCCCUGCAAAGGGUCCAGCAAAGAAAAAUGUCAUCCUGACAGGGGAAGCUAUGAAGGAGAUGCAGAAACAAGCCAAGCAGAACCGCGAAGAGCGACGUAUGCAGUGUGAUGCUCGACACAACUACAUAUUCAAACAGAUUGCAGAUGCCUUGGGACUGGAAGUGAGCAAUGUUGAGGACUUUGUAUUUGGAGAUGAAAGAUUUGACUUGAUUGAAGAAAUCUUUAAGGCUGAUGGAGCAAGAAAACUCAUUUUCUUCUAUCAGACGGUGCAGGUAAGAAGUAACACGACGAAGAAACUCUUCAUCACACCUGGCGAUGUGGAGGGCUGUCAUGGACUGUGCCUAUAUUUCUUGCGUACUACAGCCAAAGCUAUCACCAUCCAGAACAUUGCCAAUGAGAUCAACUUUGGAAUGAUGGACUGUAGCAAUGGAAAAGUGCUCAGUGGGUUCCAAGGAUAUCUCUCCAAGAUUAUCCUGCCUGCCCUCAAAUCUCUUGAGCAAUGGGGCACUAGUAUGGUGAAGCCUGCCCCUGUGACCAACGAAGAAGGGCCACCACCUCCCGCUCCUGCUAACAGUGCUACUGCCGAAGAGUUCCUGGAACAGCUUGAGAAGUUUGUCCAGAAUCUCAUGUCUGCAGUACGCAACAUGGAGGGGCAGGUGACUCUGGCUGAAAAUGGAGUUGGGCCUGUCAUAGACACCAUCGAGUCCCCAAAUGACUACCAGGGCAUUGCUUCCAACACGGAGUAUCUGGAAAAAUUUGAAAGCCUGCUGUUGACUUGGUCCAAACAGAUUGAGCAGGUGCUAGCGGAGAGUGAACAGAUGAGGCGCGAGGCCGACGAUAUUGGACCCACCGCCGAACUUGCAUACUGGAAGAGCAGGAUGGCCAAAUUUAACAACCUGCUCGAACAGAUGAAGAGCCAGCGUGUGAAGGCCACCAUCGGGGUUCUGCAAGUCGCCAAGUCUAAAUCUCUCCGCCACUGGAAGGAAUUGGACUGUCGCAUCACUGAUGCUGCUAACGAAGCCAAGGACAAUGUCAAAUACUUGUAUACACUGGACAAAUUCUUCGGUCCACUUGUCAAGUGUACUCCGGCUACCAUGGUAGAACACAUCCCGAGUCUGAUGAAUGCCAUCCGCAUGAUCUACAGCAUCUCUCAGUACUACAACACAUCGGAGCGCAUGACCUCUCUGUUUGUCAAGGUCACAAACCAGAUGAUCACCACUUGUAAAGCCUACAUCAUGCAUGACGUGUCCAGGAUAUGGGAUAUUCCUAGGCCCGUCCUGCUGCAGAGGCUGAAUGAAUGUACUCAACUCAAUGACGAGUACCAGAAACAGUUUCAGAAGACCAAACAGAAGCUCCGUGACAACCCAAAUGAACGCAAGUUUGAGUUCAGUGAGAACUACAUCUUCGGGAAGUUUGACACCUUUUGUCGUCGUUUAGAGAGAAUAGCUGAUAUGGUGAACACCAUGGAGAUGUUUGCUGGACUAAACGAUGUGAAAAUUGAAGGGAUUGAUAGCAUUGCGAUCAAGUACAAGACAAUUGUCGAUCAAACCAAGAAGAAGAAUUAUGAUGUACUUGACCACAGAAAAGGGGAGUUUGAUAUGGACUACGUUGAGUUCCGCAACCAGAUUGAGGGGCUGCGGCUGACGAUGCAGAAUUUUAUGGACACUUGGUUCUCCAGGUCUCUCACGACCGAGAAGUCUGUUGAGUUGCUGUUCAAGUUUGAGAACAUUGGCGGUGCUCAGCUCGACAUGAAUGAGAAGUAUAUGAAGGUACUGAUGAACUAUGGGAAAGAUCUGGAAUCCAUCCGUAAACUGUAUCAAAAAUACAAAGCGGAGCCCCUCAUACCCAGAAACCUUCCUCCAGUCGCAGGCCGCAUUGCCUGGGCAAGACAGCUUUACAGGAAGAUUGAACACCCAAUGAAAGUUUUCAAGACUAAACCAGACAUCCUAAAGCACCCAGAGGCAAAGAAAAUUGUCAGGAAUUACAACAAGAUGGCUGGUGUACUCCUCGAGUAUGAGAUGCUGUACCAUCGUGGAUGGAUGAGGGCUGUUGAAGCAGCAAAGGGUGGAUUAAAUGCCGCCCUGCUGAUUCGCCAUCCUGAUACUAAUGAUCUGCAUGUGAACUUUGACCCCCAAGUCCUGGAGCUCAUCCAGGAAUCCAAGUGUUUACAAGCUCUGAACCUGGAAGUCCCGGAAGCUGCUAAGGCAAUGAUUGUCACUGAGGAGCAGAUCAAGGCCAAUGCUGUGUCUCUUCGUGAGAUGUUGAACGAAUAUCACCGUAUCAUAGCAGAAAUCCCAUCUGUGCUCCUGCCACUAAUGCAGCCAAUUAGAGACAAGGUGGAAGAUUCUCUUUUACCUGGAGUUAUUGCCCUUACCUGGUCUUCCCUCAAUGUGGAUGAUUAUAUCACAGAAAACUACAAGAUGAUGGCAGAACUUGAAAAGUUGUCCAAGGUCGUACGUGAUAUCCUGGAAUGCAGGAUUGAAGCCGUCCUUCAGGACAUGUCAGUGUCUGCCCUCUGCGAUCUUCCCGAAGAUGAGGCUAUCACCAUGGAGAAAUUCCUGGAAAUAACUUCGGAUGUCGUGGAUAUGGCGUCAAAACAACUGGCAGUUCAGAGCCAACUGGUUGAAAAAGCUGUGUAUGAACUGACCGACACCCUGCGCAUGACCUUGCCUGAAUCCAUCAGGGAAAGCCUACACCCAGAGGAAGGGUACAGCUGUGCACAGCCGGACCCCAAAAACAAGAAACAACGUUGCCAGGAGUGUCAGCCAUGCUCUUACUAUGCUCUUCUCAACCAUUUCACGCAGAGGAACACUGAGGCACUAGUCAAAUGUACUCGUCUGUCAUUGGAUGCCAUAAAGCGUCGACUACAGACUUCUAAUAAGUACACGACUGAUGCCAACCGUGACGACACAAAGCCUCCGCUGUUCCGUGCGGACAUCGUGCUGGCCAUUCCCAAUGUGGUAAUGAAGCCAAGUCUAGAUGACAUUCAGUCGUCUCUAAACAAGGCAGUCCAGAUCAUCCUCAAGACGUCGAUGGACAUUCCACAAUGGGAACACCUUGUCCUCCACCAGCGUCAGCAGCAGAAGGAGAUGGACAUAGCUGCUGCUGCGGAGGCUGAGGAGGGAGCAAAGAUCAUGACAACCUCCCUUAUCAAGCCCCUCCAUAAGAUCAUCAGUGAGCACAAAGAUGUACAGAAAAUUGUCAUCCAGCUCAACUCUAUUGUCUCAACUUUCAAGGUUGAGGUCCAGGAAGUGCUAGAAAACUUCACAAAAUAUGCCCACUUGUGGGACAAGGAACCUGUCGCUUCAGUGAAGGAAUUCAUGGAGGCCAACCCCAUCCUGACCGAGAUCGAAGCACAGAUCAAGUUCUACCAGAGACUGGAAACUGACAUUGAAGAGAUGCAGUAUAGUUACCGUGUGGGCUCUGUAAUGUUUGUGACCGAUCCUCUCAAACUGGCUCUCAUCACUGAAGCCAAGAACUGGAAGAUGGCAUAUGCCAAAGCACUCAAUGAGAAAUGUGCCGGUGAAAUGGACGAAAUUCUUGAUUUCAUUGACUCUCUUACGAAGAGACUUUCACGUCCUGUCAAAGAUUUGGACGACGUACGUGCUGAAAUGGCUGCCUUAGCUGAAAUUCGCGAGGCAGAGAUUCGAAUUGAUAUGACCAUUACGCCAGUAGAGGAGUCCUAUGCCAUGCUGAACCGAUACAACAUCUUCUUCAAUGAUGGAAAUGCGGAGCGAGUAGAUUCCUUGUCCUAUGGGUGGAAGAAGUUGAUAGCACAGAGCCAGCAAGUGCAGAACCACUUGCUUGAGAUCCAACCUAAGUUCAAGUCGGACCUCCUGGCAGGCGUCGAGACCUUCAUCAAGUCAUCCACUGAGUUUACCAGUGAUUACAACACAGCUGGACCUAUGGAAGACGGGAUUGCUCCUCGGGAAGCUUCUGAUCGUCUCAACAUCUACCAGGCCCGAUUUGACGAACUGUGGAGAAAGUAUGUUACGUACAAUGGAGGGGAGGAACUGUUUGGCCUGCCAAUCACCCAGUAUCCUGACCUACAACGGAUACGUAAAGAGCUCAACCUGCUGCAGAAACUCUAUUCCCUGUACAAUAUUGUACUGGAGAAUGUCAAUGGAUACAAUGAUAUUGCUUGGGUGGAGAUUGACAUUGAGAAAAUUAACAAUGAACUUCUGGACUUCCAAAACAAAUGCCGGAAGUUGCCCAAGGCUCUGAAGGAAUGGCAGGCCUAUGAAGAGUUGAAGAAGACAAUUGAUGACUUCAAUGAGACAUGUCCUCUACUUGAAAUGAUGGCCAACAAAGCUAUGAUGCCACGUCACUGGGAGCGCCUUGCUCAGAUCACGGGACACACUUUCGACGUCGAUGCUGAUAACUUCCUUCUACGUAAUCUAAUGGAAGCUCCAUUGCUGGAGAACAAAGAAGACAUUGAGGAUGUGUGUAUCUCGGCGGUGAAAGAGAAGGACAUUGAAGCCAAGCUGAAGGGUGUGGUCAAUGACUGGAGUGGCCAGAACUUUCAGUUCUCUGGCUUCAAGAACAGGGGAGAACUUCUCCUGAAAGGUGACACAACGUCUGAGACGGUGGCAUUGAUGGAGGACAGCUUGAUGGUGCUUGGGUCGUUGCUAAGCAACAGAUACAAUGCUCCAUUCAAACCAAGGAUCCAGGAAUGGGUCCAGAAACUGACGGGGACAACAGAAAUUAUUGAGAACUGGCUCGUGGUGCAGAACUUGUGGAUCUACCUAGAAGCUGUGUUUGUGGGCGGUGACAUCGCCAAACAGCUACCACAGGAAGCCAAGCGUUUCAGUAACAUUGACAAGUCAUGGAUGAAGAUCAUGCAGCGAGCACAUGAGAACCCCAAUGUGGUGACAUGCUGUGUAGGGGACGAUACUCUAAUGCAGCUCCUUCCCCAUCUCCUGGAACAGCUUGAGAUCUGUCAGAAAUCCCUCACAGGAUACCUAGAGAAGAAACGUCUCAUCUUCCCCAGAUUCUUCUUUGUCUCUGAUCCUGCCUUGCUGGAAAUUCUUGGGCAGGCCAGUGACUCACACACCAUCCAGAAUCACCUACUGUCUGUGUUUGACAACACAAGACUUGUGACAUUUGAUGACAAAGUAUAUGACAAGAUUCUCUCCCUUAACUCCCAGGAGGGAGAGAAUGUGCCCCUGGAGGAACCAGUCAUGGCACAGGGUAAUGUGGAGAUCUGGCUGGGCGACCUGUUAAAGUGCUCCAGAAGGUCUGUCCAUUCUGUUAUCCGAUCUGCAUCUGUGUCCAUCGGAGACUCAAAUUUCAAGCUCGUGGAGUUUGAGAACAUGUUUCCAGCCCAGGUUGGACUCCUGGGUCUACAAAUGAUUUGGACGAGGGAUUCCGAGGACGCCCUGAACAAUGCUCGUACUGACAAAAAAAUCAUGGUCAACACCAACCAGAAAUUCCUUGACAUCCUGAACGAGCUCAUUGCCAUGACAACUGAGGAUCUGACUAAAAUCGAGAGGACAAAAUAUGAAACUCUCAUUACUAUUCAUGUGCAUCAAAAGGACAUCUUUGACGACCUGGUGAAAAUGCACAUCAGGUCUCCUGGAGACUUUGAAUGGCUGAAGCAAUCUCGCUUCUACUUCAAAGAGGAUACUGACCAGUGUAUCAUCUCCAUCACUGAUGUCGACUUUAUCUACCAGAACGAAUUCCUGGGGUGUACUGAGCGUCUUGUCAUCACCCCACUUACUGACAGAUGUUACAUCACACUGUCCCAGGCCCUAGGCAUGUCGCUCGGUGGGGCCCCUGCUGGCCCUGCGGGUACAGGCAAGACAGAGACUACCAAGGACAUGGGACGUUGUCUCGGAAAAUAUGUAGUAGUCUUCAACUGCUCUGAUCAGAUGGACUAUAGAGGUCUUGGUCGUAUCUACAAAGGUUUGGCACAGUCAGGCUCCUGGGGCUGCUUUGACGAGUUUAAUCGUAUUGAGCUUCCUGUGCUUUCUGUGGCCGCCCAGCAGAUCGCCAUUGUACUGCAGUGUAAGAAAGAGCGCAAACCCAACUUUAUUUUCACUGACGGGGACAAUGUAGACAUGGACACAGAGUUUGGCAUCUUUUUGACCAUGAACCCAGGUUAUGCUGGUCGUCAGGAGUUGCCAGAGAAUCUCAAAAUCAACUUCCGUACCGUGGCCAUGAUGGUGCCAGACCGGGCUAUCAUUAUCCGUGUCAAGCUGGCCAGUUGUGGUUUCAUGCAGAACAUUGUGCUCUCCAAGAAAUUCUUCACUCUUUACAAACUUUGCGAGGAACAGCUUACCAAGCAGGUCCAUUAUGAUUUUGGUCUGCGUAAUAUUUUGUCUGUGUUGCGUACACUUGGAGCGUUCAAGAGAGCGAACCCCGAGGAUCCCGAGACAACAAUUGUGAUGAGAGUUUUGAGGGACAUGAACUUGUCCAAACUGGUGGACGAGGACGAGCCUUUGUUCAUGUCUUUGAUUGAUGAUCUCUUCCCUGGCAUCACCCUUGACAAGGCUGGUUAUCCUGAGAUGGAAGCUGCCAUUGAGAAGGAGGUGUCCGAGGGUGGACUGAUCAACCAUGCUCCCUGGAUUCUGAAAUUGAUUCAGCUGUUUGAGACCCAGCGUGUGCGUCACGGAAUGAUGACACUUGGACCCACUGGAGCUGGGAAGACCAAGUGUAUCCACACGCUGAUGAAAGCCAUGACUGACUGCGGUGCCCCCCACAAGGAGAUGAGGAUGAACCCGAAAGCCAUCACUGCACCACAGAUGUUUGGUCGUCUGGACGUAGCAACCAAUGACUGGACGGAUGGUAUCUUCUCUACCUUGUGGAGGAGAACACACAAAACCAAAAAGGGUGACCAUGUGUGGCUUGUGCUGGAUGGACCAGUCGACGCCAUCUGGAUUGAAAACUUAAACUCUGUCCUGGAUGAUAACAAAACCUUGACUCUGGCCAACGGUGAUCGUAUCCCCAUGGCACCCAACUGUAAGAUCAUCUUUGAGGUGCACAACAUCGACAAUGCAUCACCUGCCACUGUGUCUAGAAACGGCAUGGUGUUCAUGUCCAGUUCUAUCAUGGACUGGAAUCCCAUCCUGAGAGGAUGGUUGUUGACGAGACCAGCCAAUCAACAGGACACUAUAUUUGAAGCCUUUGAAAGCACUUUCCCUCAGGCGUACACAUACAGCAUGCAGUCCCUGUGGCCCAAGAUGCCAAUUCUUGAGUGUAUGUACAUCAGGCAGGCUAUUGACCUCCUAGAGGGACUUAUCCCAAGAGGAGAGGAAGGAAAGGACAUUAAGCCUGAUCACCUGAAAAGGCUAAUUGUCUUCUCCAUCAUGUGGUCUGUUGGGGCUCUGCUCGAACUAGACGACAGGAAAAAGAUUCAAGAAUUCUUACAAACCAAUAGUGAACUGCCAUUACCAUCGAUAUCAGAUGAUGACACCAUCUUUGAGUUUAUGGUUGGAGAGAACGGUCAGUGGGAACACUGGUCUGGCAGGGUACCAGAGUAUGUUUAUCCGGAUGACAACAUUCCAGAGUACACCUCUAUCCUGGUACCUAAUGUGGAUAACUGCAGGACAGAUUUCCUCAUCAGCACCAUCUCCAAGCAAGAAAAGUGUGUCCUGCUCAUUGGUGAACAGGGAACUGCCAAAACUGUCAUGGUCCAGGGAUACUGCAACAAGUUUGACCCAGAAUUGCACCUUUUCAAGAGUCUGAAUUUCUCCAGUGCCACCCAGCCAAUCAUGUUCCAGAGAACUAUUGAAGGGUAUGUGGAUAAGCGUAUGGGUACAACAUAUGGUCCACCAGCUGGAAGGAAGAUGACUGUGUUUGUUGAUGACAUCAACAUGCCAACAAUCAACAACUGGGGAGAUCAGAUUACCAACGAGAUCACACGUCAGAUGAUGGAGGUGAAGGGAUUCUACAACCUAGAGAAGCCUGGAGAGUUUAUCAACAUUGUAGAUAUACAGAUGAUUGCCGCCAUGAUCCACCCUGGAGGUGGAAGAAAUGACAUUCCAUCACGUCUCAAGCGACAAUUUUCUGUGUUCAAUUGUUGCUUACCUUCCAAUGCUUCUAUUGACAAAGUUUUUGCCACUAUUGGUAGUGGAUACUUCAUCAGCAAACGAGGCUUCAUAAAUGAUGUGUCAGAACUGGUCCAUACUCUGGUGCCAGCCACCAGGAAGCUCUGGCAAAGGGUGAAAGUCAAGAUGUUGCCCACUCCAGCCAAAUUCCACUAUGUCUUUAAUCUGCGUGAUCUCAGCCGUAUAUGGCAGGGUAUGUUGAAUACCACAGAUGAAGUUGUGACCAGUGUGAAAGUGAUGAUGUCACUGUGGAAACACGAAUGCUACCGUGUCAUUGCCGACAGAUUUACAGAAAUGACUGACAAAGAUUGGUUUGAGAAAACCAUCAAACAGGUGGCUGAAGAGGAGUGUGGCUCUGCAGCCUUCAAUGAGAUGGAUGAAGAACCAUACUUCGUGGACUUCCUACGAGAGGCUCCAGAGAUUACAGGUGAUGAGCCAGAGGAUGCAGAUAUGGAGGCACCGAAGAUCUAUGAGCCUAUCCCCAGUCUACAGAUACUACAGGAACGUCUGCUCGGCUACAUGGAACAGUACAAUGAGACCAUCAGAGGAACCAAAAUGGAUAUGGAUGCCAUGACAAAUCUGGUGAAGAUAUCGCGUGUGAUCCGUACUCCAAGGGGACACUCCCUAUUGGUGGGUGUAGGUGGGUCUGGUAAGCAGAGCUUGACCAAACUGGCCUCCUACAUUGCUGGCUACAAAACAUUCCAAAUUACCCUUACAAGAUCCUACAACGUCGGCAAUCUCAUGGACGACUUGAAGUUCCUGUAUCGCACGGCUGGACAACAGGGCAGUGGUAUCACUUUCAUCUUCACAGACAAUGAAAUCAAGGAUGAAGGCUUCCUCGAGUACAUGAACAACAUUCUGUCUUCAGGAGAGGUAUCAGGUCUGUUUGCUCGAGAUGAAAUGGAUGAAAUAUUGCAAGAACUGAUUGCUGUUAUGAAGAAAGAAUUUCCUCGCAGGGUUCCGACCAACGAGAACCUCUAUGACUAUUACUUGUCCAGAUGCCGACAAAACCUUCAUGUGGCUCUCUGCUUUUCACCUGUUGGAGAAAAGUUCCGCAGCAGGUCCCUGAAAUUCCCCGGUUUGAUUUCUGGUUGUACCAUGAAUUGGUUCCAAAGGUGGCCUAAGGAUGCCUUGAUUGCGGUAUCCAAUCAUUUCCUGGCUGAAUUUGAUAUUUCCUGCACGGCUGCAGUAAAACAGGCUGUGGUCAGCACAAUGGGAAUUUUCCAGGACAACGUUGCAGAGACUUGUAUAGACUAUUUCCAAAGGUACAGGCGUCAGGCAUAUGUCACCCCCAAAUCCUACCUCUCUUUCAUUGCUGGCUACAAGACCAUCUAUGCUGAGAAGCGAGGAGGCAUUCAGUUGCUUGCAGAUAGGAUGAACACAGGUCUGGCCAAACUUGUUGAAGCCACAGAGUCUGUCCAUGAACUGUCCAAGGAGUUGGCAGUUAAGGAGAAAGAGCUUGCUGUUGCCUCGAAAAAGGCAGACAAAGUGCUGGCAGAGGUGACAGUGUCUGCUACUGCAGCCGAGAAAGUGAAGGCACAAGUACAGACAGUCAAAGACAAAGCACAGCAUAUUGUGGACACUAUUUCAGUUGACAAGGCAGCAGCUGAGAAGAAAUUGGAAGCUGCUCGCCCAGCCCUGGAGGAGGCUGAGUCAGCCCUUCAGUCCAUCAAGCCAGCUCACAUUGCUACAGUGAGAAAACUUGCCAAACCACCCCACUUGAUCAUGCGUAUCAUGGACUCUGUGCUACUGCUCUUCCAGAGGAAAAUAGACACUGUGACGCCCGACCCAGAGAGACCUUGCCCCAAACCCUCUUGGGGAGAGGCUUUAAAACUUAUGGGAGGUGGAAAGUUUUUAGAUGGGCUGCUUAACUUCCCUAAGGACACCAUCACAGAGGAAACUGUGGAACUGUUGAAGCCAUACUUAGAAAUGGAAGAUUAUAAUAUGGAAAAUGCCAAGAAAGUGUGUUCCGAUGUUGCUGGACUUGCAAACUGGACACAAGCUAUGUCCUUCUUCUUUGGCAUCAACAAGGAGGUUUUGCCCCUCAAGGCUAAUCUAGCAGUUCAGGAAGCAAGGCUGACAGUUGCCAUGAAUGACCUGAACGAGGCGCAGGCAACCUUGGAUGAAAAGGAGAAGGAGCUUGCAGCCGUACGAGCCAUGUACGAUGCUGCCAUGCUGGAAAAACAGACCCUUUUGGAUGAUGCAGAAGCUUGCCGGAGAAAAAUGACCAAUGCUACAGCUUUGAUUGAAGGCCUUGCAGGUGAGAGGAUCCGCUGGACGGAAGCGAGCAAGGGUUUUGCGUCACAAAUUCAUCGAUUGGUUGGUGACGUCCUGCUCUGCACGGGCUUCUUAUCCUACACAGGACCCUUUAAUCAAGAGUUCCGAACUCUCAUCAUCCGCAACUGGAAGAAGGAAAUGAUUGCAGGAAAGAUUCCUUUCAGUGAGGUGAAAGUGGGAGACAAAGAAGUAGAUGUGAUGAAGGGUUUCACCAUGUACAUCACCACCAAGCUGGCUAACCCAACUUAUACCCCAGAAGUGUCAGCCCGAACCUCUAUUGUGGACUUCACUGUCACCAUGAAGGGUCUAGAGGACCAACUGUUGGGAAUUGUCAUCCUUACAGAGAAACAGGAACUUGAAUCGGAACGUACCAACCUGCUGGAGGAAGUGACAGCUAACAAACGUAAGAUGCAGGAACUUGAGGACAACCUGUUGUACCGUUUAACAUCAACUCAGGGCUCCCUUGUGGAAGAUGAGUCCCUUAUUGAGGUGCUCCGCAUUACCAAGACCACCGCUGAGGAGGUCAGCGAGAAACUCAAGAUUGCAGCGGAGACAGAGAUCAAAAUCAACUCUGCCAGAGAGGAGUUCCGCCCGGUGGCUUCACGAGGCAGCAUCCUGUACUUCGUGAUUGUGGAGAUGAGCAUGGUCAACACCAUGUACCAGACAUCUCUGAAACAGUUCCUGGAGAUUUUUGACCUGUCAAUGGCCAGAUCUCAGAAGUCUCCAAUCACUUCCAAGCGAAUCAACAACAUCAUUGAAUAUUUGACAUUUGAAGUGUUUGCAUACACAGCUCGUGGUCUCUACGAGUCAGACAAAUUCCUGUAUACCAUGUUGUUAACCGCCAAAGUAGAGCUGGCUGCAGGCAGGAUUAGACCUGAAGAGUUCCAAGUAUUCAUCAAAGGUGGUGCUGCUUUGGAUCUGAACGCAGUCGAACCUAAACCAAGGAAAUGGAUCAUGGAUAUGACGUGGCUUAACUUGGUGGAACUCUCUAGGCUUCCGCAAUUUUCACAGAUUUGCGGACAGGUGUCGCGUAAUGACAAGGCAUGGAAGAGCUGGUUUGAUGAGGACGCGCCUGAGGAAUGUACUAUCCCUGACGGUUAUAGUACCACACUGGAUACAUUCCGUAAGCUGCUCCUCAUCCGAAGCUGGUGCCCAGACAGAACCAUUCCGAUGGCCCGUAAAUACAUAGCCGAGGCUAUGGGUGUCAGGUUUGCAGAAGGUGUGAUCUUGAACCUUGAUAAGAUGUGGGAAGAAUCCCAGCCCAGGACACCAAUGGUGUGCUUCCUGUCGAUGGGAUCCGAUCCCACAGACAACAUUCUGUUGGUGGGAAAGAAAAAGAAUGUCAAGUGUAGUGCGAUCUCCAUGGGACAAGGACAAGACGUCCAUGCGCGACGUCAGAUGGCUAUCUCCAUGGCAGAGGGACAAUGGGUCCUCCUCCAGAACUGCCAUCUUGGUCUUGAUUUCAUGGACGAACUCCUUGACACUGUUCUAACUACGGAGACUGUCAAUGAAGGAUUCAGGCUCUGGCUCACAACUGAACCUCAUCCUAAAUUCCCCAUCAACAUGUUGCAAUCUUCUAUUAAAUUCACCAAUGAGCCCCCACAAGGAGUGAAGGCAGGUCUCAAAAGGACUUAUGCACUCAUAUCACAGGAACAGUUAGAAUACACCAACCUACCGCAGUGGAAGCCCAUGCUGUAUGGUGUGGCCUUCCUUCAUACUACGGUACAGGAACGGCGUAAGUUCGGGCCCAUUGGAUGGAACAUUCCAUAUGAAUUUAACCAGGCUGACUUUUCAGCUACGGUGCAGUUCAUACAGAACCAUCUCGAUGACAUGGACCCAAAGAAGGGUGUGUCUUGGAGCACAGUAAGAUACAUGAUUGGUGAGAUUCAGUAUGGUGGACGUGUCACAGAUGACUACGACAAACGCCUCCUCAACACCUAUGCGAAGGUCUGGUUUAGUGAGGGCAUGUUUGCCGAGUCCUUCAGUUUCUAUACGGGAUACAAAAUCCCUAAGUGUAAGACCAUUGACGAAUAUCGUAACUACAUUGAGGGCUUACCACUGCAGGACUCGCCGGAAUGUUUUGGUUUACAUUCCAAUGCUGACAUUACUUAUCAGACCAAUACAGCCAACACUAUGCUGGAGAACAUCGUAAACAUCCAGCCAAAGGAUACUGGAGGUGGUAGUGGAGAGACAAGAGAGAGCGUCGUUUACAGACUGGCAAAUGACAUGCUGGAAAAACUGCCCAAUGACUAUAUACCCCACGAGGUCAAAGAUCGCUUGAGAAGGAUGGGAAAUCUGCAGCCCAUCAACAUCUUCCUUCGUCAGGAAAUUGACCGCAUGCAGAAGGUCAUCACGUUGGUCAGAACCACACUGGUUGACCUGAAGCUUGCCAUUGAUGGUACCAUUAUCAUGAGUGAGAAUCUGCGUGAUGCACUUGACAACAUGUUCAAUGCACGUGUCCCCACAAAUUGGAAGAAGAUUUCCUGGGAGUCAGCCACACUUGGGUUCUGGUUUACAGACCUGCUGGAGCGAAAUUCCCAAUUCCAUACCUGGGUGUUUGAAGGUCGUCCAAUGUCGUUCUGGAUGACUGGAUUUUUCAACCCUCAGGGUUUCCUAACUGCAAUGAGACAAGAGAUCACUCGAGCCCAUAAAGGCUGGGCUUUAGAUACUGUCAUCCUUGAUAAUGAUGUUACCAAGAUGAUGAAGGAAGAUCUUACGUCACCUCCCAGUGAAGGUGUCUACGUUUACGGUUUAAUUCUCGACGGAGCUGGCUGGGACCGUAGAUCUGCUCGCUUGAUAGAACCUACUCAGAAGGUUCUAUACACGCCAUUGCCUGUCGCUCAUGUGUUCGCUACGAACCAGGAGAAGCAAGGCAAAGCUCAGAAUCUGUAUGAUUGUCCCGUGUACAAAAAGCCGCGUCGUACAGAUCUGACCUACAUUUUCCCGCUAGCUCUGAAGACGAACAAAAACCCUGAUCACUGGACACUCCGAGCUGUCGCUUUGCUCUGCGACACCAAGUAAAUUGGAGGUUAAUACUAUUGGACAUUGUUCUUAAGAUAUCUUGGUGACCCAUUGAUGACUUUGAAAUCUGAACUGGACAUCAUUUUUAAAAAACAUAAUCAUGAAAAAAUAUCUUUUAAGGAAUGUGGAAGGACUUUCAGUGCAACAAGAUUGGAUAAUUUUUACCUGAGAACUCCUCAUCAGAAAUCAUAGAAAAAAAGAUCUAUAGAAAAAAUUGAAUUUGUCAAAAAUCAUACAUUAUUAUUGUCUACUUGUGCAGAACAAUUUCAAACUUUAACACUAUAUGAAAUUUACAUGGACAACA